CAGACUCCCUCUUCACACACUCCCUCCACACACACACCCGAGCACAGACAGCUGCAGCACCGACCAUCAACCAUGGCUGUAUGGGACAUUGCCUCUUCGCUCCUCGGACUCCUGCUCCUCUUUCACACCUGGGGAGCAUGGGCCACUGUGGAGGUGAACACGGAGGACAGAGUGGAGGUGUUCAGGGGAGACACAGCUCAGAUCGCCUGCAUGUUCAAAUCAGAAGAAGGCAUCGGCGCCAUUACCAUAACGUGGUUCUACACGACACAUACGGGAGAUAGGCAGAAAAUCUACUUCCAAGACUCCACCAUGAAGCUCGUAGAACCAGGCACGCCGUUCACGGAACGCAUCAGUGUGAACGGCACCGGGGCCAAGGGAGUGGUGGUGCUGACCAUCAACAAAGUGAAGCUGAAGGAUGAACUGGAAUUUAUCUGUUCCAUCAAGAGUCUAAUGGAGGGAAGUGACGAGGGACGCACAAAGCUGAGGGUGUUCGAAACACCAAACCCUCCUACGAUUCAUGUUGUUGAAACAGGGAUCUCAGUCAGCGAAAACCACCUGUCCAAGAUUGGGGUCUGUGAGGUCAGAAACGGCUUCCCCAAGCCGAACAUCACUUGGUACAGAGACAACACCCCACUGCACAUUGUUCAGAAUGUGGUGAAAGUGAUGUCCAGCACCACCAUUGAGUCCAGUGGUCUGUUCUCAGUGACGAGUGAGCUGAGCCUGCAGGUGACGAAGGAGGACAAGGACGCUAAGUUCUACUGCGAGGUCAACUACUUUGUUCCUGGAGAGACUAGGAUGACAGAAACAAACCGAGUCAACAUCAUUGUAUACUACCCCUUCACAGCCGUUAGUUUGUGGGUGGAGUCACCAAAGGGAAAAAUCAAGGAAGGGGACUCGAUAGAGUUUCACUGCCAGGGCAACGGGAAUAAUCCUUUGACAUUCUUUACAAUCACCCAUGGAGUGGAGGAACACACUAUCGAUGCCAAUGUGUUGGUGCUGAAUAACGUGACCCGUCGGAACAAUGGAGUUUAUAAUUGUAUCUCUGAAGACAUCGAUACCAAUGAAAAGAUCUCUGGAAAUACCACCGUGGUGGUCAACUUUCUCGAUCCUGCUGUGGUGAGACCUAAAGACACUGUUGUGUUGGCCCAUGGAGAGGAGCUGAUAGCCACCUGCAACGCCCUCUCGUCUCUCCAGACACACACUGCCUGGUUUAAGAAUGGAAAGGAGGUAUCAAGGGGUCACACCUUGACCCUGGGGGACGCUACGUUCGACACAACAGGGAAGUAUGUGUGUGUGGUGACUGUUCCUGAUAUCAUGGGAAUGGAGACGAGCGGCACACUUCAAGUUAAUGUCACAGGCCGACCAGAGAUCAUGAGGCCAGACAACACAGAGAUUGAAGAGAGUUUUGAGAAGUCGGUCAACCUCAGCUGCAGCGUCAGAGGUUUCCCUGCUCCCAUCGUCACCUGGACAACCUCUGAUGGAAAGGUGCUCCAUUCAACAUCCAAGGGGACGGAGGAGGGCGUUCAGAGUGUGCUCAGUUUCCAGGUCACCUCUAACGUCACCGUUUUCUGCAACGCCUCCAACGAGCACGGCACUGACACGGUGGCCUUCAACAUCAAACCCACUAUACACACGACCACACAAGACACCACCACCACUAGCACUGCUAUUUCCUCUACCACAGCUAUACACACGACCACACAAGACACCACCACCACUAGCACUGCUAUUUCCUCUACCACAGUUAAAGCAGGAGCAGAUAUCCCACUUAAGAAAAAGAAAGAGAGCAAUGGUGUGAUCAUUGCAGUCAUCAUUAUCUGCAUCCUGCUGCUUGCCAUCUUGGGGAGUGUGCUCUACUUCCUCUACAAAAAGGGAAAAAUCUGUGGCCGAUCAGGAAAACAAGACCUCACCAAAGAGAAAUCCAACAAAGACAACAUCGUGGUGGAGAUGAAAAGUGACAACACAGAGGAAGCCAUUCUCCUCGGGGUCAACGGGGAAAAACUAUCUCCCAGCGACCAGUAAAGGGUGGUGAGCACCUGGACGUGCAGAAGUGAGGAGGUGAUUUCAGCUGCUGCUCCUGUUCUUCCCUCUCAGGCUCAUACCUGCUGAUGCCUUCAAGCUUCCACCAGAUCUCCUUAUCAGAUCAGUCGUCCGUCAGUUAAUAUCCCAAUGGACGACAGUUGAUUUGAGCUGCAACUUCUGCUUCCUGUUCCGUCACAUCCACGCACAUUUCUCCUGGAAUGCACCUCGAGCUUUAACGACACAAUCCUGCGAAUAAAUCUUCUGCCUUCAAACGAAAGGACUGACCUUAGACCGUAGCUCUCGUUUGCGCGAGCCGUGUAAAAUGCUGAUCGUCUGUAGAACAAACAUAUAGAGCACAAAGUUGACCAGGGACUGUUUUUAUAUGUGACUGAGCGUCACCUCAGGCAAAGCAAUCACUGCAGAGCAGCCUGACACAGCUCUUUAUCAAAAGUGUAUAUAUUAUAAUCUGUGUAUAUAUUUCUUUAUUUAAAAUAACAAUAGAAAAAAAAACAACAACCAAAAAUAAAUGACCAGGUAGUGUUUUAAGUCGUUCUGGUGCUCUUAAUACAGAGCAGGGAGAGUUUGGAUAGUUGUAGUCCUCCUGUUUGUAUUUUUUUUUUUUUUUUUUUUACGUUUUCUGUUCUGCUCAAGUCUGCACACUGAAUUUUAUGGGAUGUUUCCCUCAAUAAACGAUCUCCAGCCUUUUCUCAAUAAUGUUGCCUUUUAGCUCUGAAAUCAAACAUUUAGGUAAUUUACUCCCACAUCGUUCACACCAUCUACAGUUUACGCUCCUGUCUGUACACCUCACACUUUGUGUAUACUAAAGAACAUAUUUUUAAAAGACGGGUGAAUAAUCUGUUCAGGAUUUGACUAUUAAGGAUUAACAUUAUUUCUAGUUCUGGUUUCUUGGUCGUGUCUUUCCUUCACAAUCUAGUUUUGUAUCUUACGUGUGUUUUUGAACUCAGUCACAUUAUCUAUUUAGUUACGGCCACUUUUAAUGUUCAGUGCACUGAUUUGUUUUUGUUUUUAUCCUCCAUGCAGUUGUGUUGUGUUUCUCUAAUGUGAAACCGUCGUCUUUUUUUAAUGUGAAUGAAAUUAUUACUGGAGUGGUUUUUAUUUCUUUUUUUAAGAGGAAGGAUGAGGAUUAUCGGUCCAUGAUAAAUAUGGUUCACGGCAUGAAGUCGACCUCGUUAUCAGAAAAAGACACGUUUCUGUUUAAUGAAUGAAUGAAUUCAUGUGUCGACUGAAACAUGAAAUAAUCUGUUGGAUCAGAGAGAAACGGAUUCCACCUCAGACGUGAGACGCUUUAAAUCAACACACGCUCUGUGUAAGUGUAUUUUCAUGUUUUGACAAUAUAACAUGUAUGACUACUGAGGAGGGGGAACUGUGACUCCAGAUAUGCAAAUCAAGUUGGACAACAGCUACCAAUCAAGCUGCUCCGUGCAGCCGGCUAACUCUCCCUUCCUCUUCUCUGUUGGUCUGUUUUCUGUUCCUGCUGUUUUUAUUGUUUUAGGAACUACCACUGUCAAAUUGUUGUGGAUGUAUGAAAUCUGUUAAAUGCCUUUUAAUGCCUCAGAGUUUAAGUUAAUGUCAUCGAUGGCAUUCAAACCAAUUUACCAACAAAGCCACUGUUUGUAGUUUUUUUGAAUUAUACCAAAUAAAGAUUGACUGUUAAUUGAAAAGAAAA